AUGGUCGACCGUCGAUCAGAUUCGGAGGAUGGCGCACGCGCCAAGCGCCAGAAGAUGGACGCCGGCGAUCCUAGGGAAAAUCCCUACCUAGCCCACAUGUACGAGGAUACGGACGGCGCAGACCAAAGCUCCGCCCUGGCCAAAUUCAAGCGCCACCAGACGACGGCGUCCUUGGCCAUGAAGGCUGAAGACGGAGAGGUCAAUCCUUUCAGCGGAAAGCCAUUCUCGACCAAAUAUUUCUCGAUCUUGAAGACUCGACGAGAUCUGCCUGUGCAUGCGCAGCGUGAUGAGUUCCUCCAGCUGUACCAGCAAUCCCAGAUCCUCGUUUUUGUUGGUGAGACUGGUUCCGGAAAGACCACGCAGAUUCCCCAGUUUGUCUUGUUUGACGACCUGCCCCAAACACAACGCAAAAUGGUUGCUUGUACUCAGCCUCGUCGUGUGGCCGCCAUGUCAGUGGCUCAGCGUGUCGCGGAGGAGAUGGAUGUCAAGCUCGGUGAAGAAGUCGGUUACAGCAUUCGUUUUGAAGACAAGACAAGCCAAAAAACUAUUCUCAAAUACAUGACCGACGGUAUGCUUCUGCGAGAGGCGAUGCACGACCACAACCUUUCUCGAUACAGCACAAUCAUGCUCGACGAAGCCCACGAAAGAACCAUGGCCACCGAUGUCCUCAUGGGACUGUUGAAGGAAGUUGUGCAGCGCCGACCCGAUCUCAAGAUCAUUAUCAUGUCUGCUACUCUCGAUGCGCAGAAGUUUCAGCGUUACUUCAUGGACGCGCCUCUUCUCGCUGUUCCCGGUCGUACUCACCCAGUCGAAGUGUUCUACACCCCAGAGCCUGAGCAAGACUACGUUGAAGCGGCCAUUCGGACAGUCCUGCAGAUCCACGCCACCGAGGAUGAGGGUGAUAUCCUUGUUUUCUUGACCGGUGAAGAAGAAAUUGAAGACGCUGCCAGAAAGAUCUCAAUGGAAGCUGAAGAGAUGGUUCGGGAGGCCGAUGCCGGUCCAUUAAAGGUCUAUCCACUAUACGGUAGUUUGCCACCACACAUGCAGCAACGCAUCUUCGACCCUGCACCGGCUCCUCUUCGCAAGGGUGGUCGGCCCGGUCGAAAGGUCAUUGUCUCCACUAACAUUGCCGAAACUUCUUUGACAAUUGACGGUAUCGUGUACGUUGUGGAUCCCGGAUUCUCUAAGCAGAAGAUCUACAACCCUCGCAUUCGUGUCGAGUCCCUCCUUGUCUCUCCCAUCUCGAAGGCAUCUGCCCAGCAGCGUGCCGGUCGUGCUGGUCGUACACGACCCGGAAAGUGCUUCCGUUUGUACACUGAAGAGGCCUUCAAGAAGGAGCUGAUCGAGCAGACUUAUCCAGAAGUUCUUCGGUCCAAUUUGUCCUCCACUGUUCUUGAGUUGAAGAAGUUGGGAAUUGAUGAUCUCGUCCACUUCGACUUGAUGGAUCCCCCUGCCCCCGAGACUCUCAUGCGUGCCCUUGAGGAACUUAAUUACCUCGCUUGUCUCGAUGACGAUGGAAACUUGACUGAGCUUGGACGAUUGGCCUCUGAAUUCCCUCUCGACCCUGCUCUCGCCGUGAUGUUGAUCAGCUCACCGGAAUUCUACUGUUCCAACGAGAUUCUGUCCAUCACCGCUCUCUUGUCUGUACCACAGCUCUUUGUGCGUCCCAACUCGCAGCGUAAGCGCGCGGACGAGAUGAAGAACCUGUUCGCGCAUCAGGAUGGCGACCAUCUCACCAUGUUGAAUGUCUACCACGCCUUCAAGAGCCCUGAGGCCCAGGCAAACCCCAAGCAAUGGUGCCACGACCACUUCCUUUCUCUUCGGUCUCUGCAAUCAGCGGACAAUGUCCGCAUGCAAUUACUUCGGAUUAUGGAGCGAUCUGAGCUCGAAAUGAUCUCAACGCCGUUCGAAGACAAGAAGUAUUAUGAGAAUAUCCGCCGAGCUCUUUGUGCCGGUUUCUUCAUGCAAGUUGCCAGGAAAGAGUCACAAGGCAAGAGCGUGUACACGACAAUCAAGGAUAACCAAAAUGUUUUGUUGCAUCCUUCGACUGUGCUGGCUCACGACGCCGAGUGGGUCCUUUAUAACGAGUUCGUCCUGACGACUAAGAACUACAUCCGCACAGUUACUGCGGUCAAGCCCGAAUGGCUAUUGGACAUCGCACCCACAUACUACGAUCCCUCCUCCUUCCCUAAGGGUGAAAUCCAAACCGCACUCCUACGCGCUCGUGAUAGACUCGCACGCAAAGAGAAGAUUCGUGCUGAGAAGCGACGAUAA